AUGUCGAGGAUCACGGCAAACGUUGCAGCUGGAGCGGCGGAUCUUCCCGUGGAGACGCCGAGCGCGGAACCGGCGGACGGGCGUAAGCUGAUCGUCAACUAUUUGCCCAGCUUCGUUCGCGAUGGCUUCCUGCGCAAGAUCUUCGCAACGCCGAAGAUUCUCGAGAACGCCACGUUGGAGGAGUGCCGUGUCGUGAUGCGUAAGGACGACGCAGGUCGAGACGUAAGCCGCGGAUUUGCAUUCCUCACCUACAGCCAUGCGGAUGCGGCCAAACGUGCGAUGGACCUGCUCGACGGCUUCUGCCUCAUCGAGAGCGCCGCCCCAUGGGAGGUGGACGCCGACGGGAAUCCCACGCGCAAAGUGAAGCACUUGAAGGUGUCGUAUUGUCGCCCGUCCGACGACGCGUACCGCCAGACCAACCUUUUCGUGACGGGCAUCCCCUGCGCGUGGCAGUUGGAGGAUCUGAAGUGCCAUUUCCGCCAGUGGGGCGGCAGCGUCAUCAGCUGUACAAUCGCGCCGCGCAACACCUGCCUCUGCCGAAGCGGAGAAGAGUCGGCGGUGCCCUGUGACGAGACCAACUGGGGCUUCGUCCGCUUCGCUCGCCACGCGCAGGCCCUGACCGCCCGCGAGGAAUGCCAGAAGAUGCAUGUAACUGCGUCCAAUCCGCUGCUGCUGCUGCGCGUCACUCUCCUGGACGAUAGCAACCCGCGGCUUCCUCGUUCAUCAUCCGCUCCACCGUCGCGCGCCGGAUUCCAGCAACAGCGUCGCUGAACGCGUCGUCUCUCCUGGUUGUACGUCAACCGUAUGGCUUGCCUCAGUCUUGCAGGGAACAAUCGCUGUUUUUUUGUACGUGAUUUAACUUUUUACAAAUUAAUAUUUCACCGAGCAUUAAGUGUUUUUAAUCGUUUAUUCGGUCUUUCUGUACGGCCAUAAAAAUGCCGGCAUGCACUAAUUCCUGUACAGGUACUGAUGCUGAUUCAUC